UAUUACACAAAAGGAGAGCUUCAAGAUGGCGCAGGCAAUAUUUGAGGUGCUCGAAGGCAUGGACAACCAGACUGUGCUGGCAGUCCAGUCACUGCUGGAUGGUCAAGGUGGAGUUCCUGACCCAAACAGCCAAAAUGUCUCUGCGACGCCGGCCAUCCAGCCCAUGGACGACGAAGACGUGUUCCUGUGUGGGAAGUGUAAGAAACAGUUCAACUCUCUGCCUGGCUUCAUGACGCACAAGAGGGAGCAGUGCCAGUCUGGCGCCCCCUCCCUGUCCACCGUGUCCCUGGCCUCCACCAACGCCUACGCUCCUGUCCCGUCAAUCGGCUCCGUACCCCAAACUGCCGCCAACAGACAGGUAUCCACCUAUAUAACAGUCCCUCCAUCUCCUCUGACUCACACUCUGGUGCAAGGCAACGUGCUGGUCAGCGACGAUGUCCUCAUGUCGGCCAUCUCCGCCUUCACCUCCAUCGACCAGCCCAUGGCCGCCAUGCAGACGCCCAUACAGAGCAACCUGAGCAUGCACACAGCGGGGGUAUCGUAUCUUCAGCACCACCACCACCACCACCACCACCAUCAUCAGCAGCAGCAGCAGCAUCAGCAGCAGGCUUCCCACCCUCUGCCCUCCAGCCAGGCACCGCCCCCCGCUCUGCCAGCUGGGCAGCCCACCCAGCAGCCCCUCUCCUCCCAGGUGCCAGUGAGCCACAGCAACUCGGUGGUGCAGGUGUACAGCACUAUGCCCCACAUGGCAGGCCCUGCUGCUGCCGCAGCAGCUGCUGGUGCUGGCGGUGCAGCAGAGAUCCAUACGUUAGGCCUGCCAGCUUUCCACCCUGUUCAGUGCGUGGAGGGCCAGUCAUUCAGCAGCAGUCCCGUCUACAGCCCCGGGAAGCAGGGCAGCAAAGCAAAGAGCUGCAGCCACAUGGGCAGCAUGGCGGAGCUGAGUGACUUUGAAAAGGUCAUCAUACCUAAACAGCCCCGGACCAGCAAGAAGACAACGGACGGAGCAGCAGCAGAUCACCUGAAGGGAAAAGGUCCGAAGCUGAAGUGUAAUUUCUGCGAUAAGUUUUUCUCCAAAAACUUUGACCUCCAGCAGCACAUCAGAAGCCACACAGGAGAGAAACCGUUCCAGUGCAUCGUUUGUGGGCGGGCCUUCGCCCAGAAGUCCAAUGUGAAGAAACACAUGCAGACUCACAAGGUGUGGCCGAUGAGCGUGGCAAACACCGUGUCCCGGCUGCCAAUUACUGUGAAGGUGGUUCCCGUUUCAUUCAUUGAGGAAGAACGGAUGGCGGAGCGGCAGAAACAAGGCAACAUGGACCGAGACCAGAUUCAAGCAGAACCAGAGCCGGUCCAAACGGAGGAACCAGGGGAGGAGGCAGCGACAGAGGCUGAACCCGGUCUGACAGCCAGCCGAGGGGAAGACGCCCAGGAUGGUCACACUCGCUCAAUGUCCGACCAGAACCAGCAGGGCGGCGCUCAAACCAAGCAGAUUGUUGUGAUAGACAGUUCCUACCAGUGCCAGUUCUGCACCUGCAAGUUCAAGACCUACUUCCAACUCAAGUCUCACCUGACCCAGCAUAAAGGCGAGCAGGUGUAUAAGUGUGUGUUGAAGAGCUGCUCCCAGACCUUCCAGAAGCUUGACCACUUCCUGGAACACAUCCGGACGCACCAGGAGCAGCUGACGUACCGCUGCCACCUCUGCAGCAAGGUCUUCCCCUCCCUGUUUGAGCUGGGAGUCCACCAGUACUCCCACUGCUUCUGCCCACAGCAGAACACCCGCAAGGAGACGAGCGUGUUCAGGUGUGUGAAAUGUCAGAGCAGAUAUUCAACCCAGGAAGCUCUGGAGCAACACCUGCUGACCGCCUCCCACAGCUUCCCUUGCCCUCACUGUCAGAAGGUCUUCCCAUGUGAGAGAUACUUCCGGCGCCACUUGCCCACUCAUGGCGUUGGAGGAAGAUUUAAGUGUCAGAUCUGCAAGAAGGCCUUCAAGACUGAGCACUACCUCAAGCUGCACACUCGCAUUCACUCAGGUGAGAAACCGUACAAGUGUUCCCUCUGUGAGGCGACGUUCAACAGAAAGGACAAAGUGAAGAGACACAUGCUGAUCCACGAGCCUUUUAAGAAAUACAAGUGUCCCUUCAGGACACAUGUGGGCUGCACCAAAGAAUUCAACAGACCAGACAAACUGAAAGCCCACAUCCUGUCACAUUCUGGUAUCAAACCCUACAAGUGUCUGUUCUGUCAGAAGGCGUUCAGCCGCAGGGCUCACAUGCUGGAGCAUCAGCAGUCCCACACAGACAACUACAGGUUCAGGUGCUCUACAUGUAACAAGGGGUUCACCAGGCAGAGCUACUACAGAGACCACAAAUGUCCCACAGUGGGAGACAGGACAGGAGCAGAGGAGAGGACAGAGGAGAACGAGGAGGCCGAUGAGGCUGCAGGAGCAUUGGCGGUUGAGGAGCAGGAAGGAGAGCGCAACGGGAGGAGAAGCAGGUUCACGAGGAUUUCCAAACGCUUGCAGACUAAUGGAGAGGAGGCAGAGGAAGAGGACGGCUCCGAUGGAGACCAGGAGAUAGGAGAAACUCAGCCAGGGGACGAAGAGGGGACCGAUGGAGGCCGCCAUGCUGCCAUGGCUACCACCGAGGGACAGACUGAGAGAGGGGCAGAGGGACAUGGUGGCAUGGAAACCAGUGACGAGCUGCAGACACAGACUGGGACCAAUGCCCACAACAGUUCACAGAGGCAGCCAUGUUUGUAGUCCAAACCUGCCUCUUUAUUUAAGCUGUUUCCUGUACUGGGAAAUGAGAAUAUUUGUUUUAUAUUAAAACAGUUCCAUUGUUCAGAUGUUUUAUGAUCAUUUCCCCCAGAGUUUUGUAUAGAAUAUAAUUAAAAUUAACUCAUGCAAGUAUUUCAGCCUUCAGGUUUUUUUUUUUUUUUAAACACAUUUACCUUCACCAGAACACCAAAAACAGAAUGUUUUGAGUUCAUUUAUUAACGUGACAAUUCCUAUGUUACACAUCUUUCAUGUACAUAAGCAGUUAGAGAGAAAAGAAAAUAGAGCAUUGCCUUAAACUUCGUAUUUAAAAUGUUUAGAAACUUUGCUAUGAACACCAUUUACAGCUUCUUGUCCUGUACAGGAGUGACAGUGGUUUAGCUGGAUUAACCAGGAUUCUGGAAAAUAUUUAAACAAAUAUUAGCAUCUUUAUUUUUAUUUCCAUAUAUGUUCGUUUACGAUGUUCAAGAGUUUCCAUUGUGAAAAAUUCAAAAAUGAGCACAACUUGACCUUUGAUCCUCAUACAUCCAUUACUUUCAUACAGUUGUUCUCUUAACUAAAAUUACCAAUAAAUCUUCCUACCUCAGUUUCUCCUGGACAUUUCUGAUCAAUUUAUUUAUUCCAAUGGGGGAAUGAAUCAGUCUGAUCAGAGAGAAUUAUUUUACCACAUGACCAACUGUUUCUGUUGGCUGGGAGACUGAGGGGGGGAAAGGCUAAAAACUGAUAAUUCAUCUUGAAUCCAAAGUUCAUCAGUUAGUUUCCUCUCCUGGUUCAGUGUGUGACUACACAGUUUAAACAGACAGUCUUCACAACACGAGGUUUCAUUUUAUUACAUAAUCUUCCUCAGCUUCAACACUUGGUGAGGAAAAAGUUUUUUGGUGAUUAAAAAAAAG